GUUCAACAACAAAUCGAACGUGUAAGCGAAGAGUUAAAAGCCAGAGAUCCAGAAAUCGCCGAGAAGGUCAAGAAAUUAAAAGCAGAAUUAGCCGAAUUGAAAGAAGAUCUUAUUAAAUUAUAUGAAGAAAUCAAAAAACCGUUUUUGGAACAUUUCAAUGAAUUGAGAGAUGAUAUUAAAAUCAAAACCAAACCGAUCRUCAAACGUUGGACACCAAUUGUUAAAGACAUAGAAGAGAUUAUAUUGGCUUUAAUCCCCGAAAAGAAGAAGGAAAACAAGAAAAACUAAUAAAUAAGACUUAUUAAUUUCAUGUAAACCUAACAUUUUAUUUGUUGUAUUUUCUGUUAAUAAUGUUUUGAAAUUUUAAUUUGUUGUAAAGAGUAAAACUUGUCAUACAAAUUUUACUUUUACCUAUUUUAUUUUUUACUAUGAUAAUAUAUUAUMGAUUAGAAAACCUAUAAACUACUUUCUUUAGAGCCGAUCUAAAGGUUAUCAUAUAUAAGAGGAAAUAUACGUAUGAUUACGGAUC